AUGUACAACCAAGCAGUUCCGGUUGACCCCACCGACGUCAAUGUUGAAACAGGCUCAAACUUCUUUCCCACCUGGCGCAUCUACCGUACUUUGCAUCCUCCUCUUGUUUUCCGUGCGCUUGACCAACGGAAAAUCAAUUUACAACCCACGAUACUGUCCCUUCGAUCCCGUAUUUCCGCCUUCUUCACAGUACCCCGAGCACACGCCAUCAUGUCUCUGGCUAGCAAGCUGUCCAUCACCGACGUCGACGUCAAGGGCAAGAGGGUCCUGAUUCGGGUCGACUUCAACGUACCCCUUGACGAGAACAAAAAGGUCACCAACAACCAGCGCAUCGUCGGUGCCAUCCCCACCAUCAAGCAUGCCAUCGACCAUGGCGCCAAGUCCGUCAUCCUAAUGUCCCACCUCGGCCGUCCCAACGGCUCUCCCAACCCCAAGUACUCCUUGCAGCCCGUCGUUCCCGAGCUCGAGAAACUGCUGGGCAAGAGCGUCACCUUUGCUCCCGACUGCGUUGGCCCCGAGGUCGAGGCCAUUGUCAACAAGGCCGACGGCGGUGCUGUUGUUCUGCUCGAGAACUUGCGAUUCCACAUUGAGGAGGAGGGCAGCUCCAAGGAUAAGGAGGGCAACAAGACCAAGGCUGACAAGGCCAAGGUUGAAGAGUUCCGCAAGGGCCUGACUGCUCUUGGUGACGUCUACAUCAAUGAUGCCUUCGGCACCGCUCACCGUGCUCACUCCUCCAUGGUUGGCGUUGACCUGCCCCAGAAGGCUGCCGGGUUCCUUAUGAAGAAGGAGCUCGACUACUUUGCAAAGGCUCUCGAGUCGCCUCAGCGUCCCUUCCUGGCUAUCCUGGGUGGUGCCAAGAUCUCGGACAAGAUUCAGCUCAUUGAUAACUUGCUGGACAAGGUCAACACUCUGAUUAUCGGUGGCGGCAUGGCCUUCACCUUCAAAAAGGUCCUCAACGACAUGCCCAUUGGCUCCUCGCUGUUUGACGAGGCCGGCUCCAAGAAUGUCAAGAACCUCAUGGAGAAGGCCAAGAAGAACAACGUCAAGGUUGUUCUGCCUGUCGACUUCGUCACCGGCGACAAGUUUUCCAAGGAUGCCGAAUCUGGCUACGCCACCGAUGACAAAGGUAUCCCCGAUGGCUGGAUGGGUCUCGACUGCGGCGAGAAGUCUUCUGCGCUCUUCAAGGAGGCCGUCGACGAGGCCAAGACCAUCUUGUGGAACGGCCCCGCCGGUGUCUUUGAGUUUGACAAGUUUGCCAGCGGCACCAAGGCCAUCCUCGACGCUGCCGUCAAGGGCUGCGAGAACGGCAAGAUUGUCAUUAUCGGCGGUGGCGAUACCGCUACCGUUGCUGCCAAGUACGGUGUCGAGGACAAGCUCAGCCACGUGUCUACCGGUGGUGGUGCCAGUCUGGAAUUGCUCGAGGGCAAGGAGCUCCCUGGCGUUGUUGCUCUCUCGAGUAAGUAA